CUGGAUGAGGCGGUCCGUAGCUCGACUGGUCGCGCAGGGCUGGAGCCAUAACCGCCAGCCGAGCAGCGACUUCGGGGAGGGGGUUUGUCCGCCGUGGAGCCCAUCCCCACCGCGCCGAGACAUGCUCUAUCCCUUGCGCGCUCACCAGCCCACACACACGCACGCACGCACACCGGAAAGCAGCGCCGUGUUUACCGUAGAGGCAGCGAGACAUGACGGCGAGGAGAGACGCUUCGCAGCCGCUGAGCAGCUCUCGUCUCCCGGAGAGGAAGGGAGCGGUGGCGGCGGCGGCUCCGGCAGCGGCGGAUCGAGCUACUAACCCCGAAUGGUUUUCUCCUUCCUCCCCCCGACAGGAGCCGGAGAAAGGGCCGGCAUCGGCGGCUGGGAUACACGCGCAUGUGGUCGGCGCCGUGUCCGGCUCCGGGGCUGCGGACGAGUCCUCCGACAGCGAGGCGGAGCAGGAGGGCCCCCAGAAACUCAUCCGCAAAGUGUCCACCUCAGGCCAGAUCCGGAGCAAGACGAGCAUCAAGGAGGGUCUACUGCUGAAACAAACCAGCUCCUUCCAGAGAUGGAAAAAACGCUACUUCAAACUCAGAGGCCGAACUCUUUACUACGCCAAAGAUGCCAAGUCGGGCAGUGCGUUGGCGCGCUGGCAGGAGCGAGCUCUGCGCCGAGUGUCCAGGAGUCGCGUUUGCUGGCGAGUGCUGUCGGUGUGCUGGACGGGUGCUCGGCGCUCCCCUCCACCUCUGGGUGCCAGCGGCUCUGAGGAGGGACUAGUGAGGAUCCGGUCCCUUAUCUUCGAUGAGGUCGACCUGUCGGACGCCAGCGUUGCAGAAUCCAGCACAAAGAAUGUCAACAACAGCUUCACGGUCAUCACUCCGUUCCGUAGGCUCAUCCUCUGCGCCGAGAACAGGAAAGAGAUGGAGGACUGGAUCAGUUCGUUGAAGUCCGUCCAGUCCAGAGAGCACUAUGAGACGGCACAGUUUAAUGUGGAACAUUUCUCAGGGAUGCACAACUGGUACGCCUGCUCCCAUGCACGGCCCACCUUCUGCAACGUCUGUAAAGAUAGCUUGUCCGGGGUCACGUCUCACGGCCUUUCCUGCGAAGUGUGUAAAUUCAAAGCCCACAAACGCUGCGCCGUCAGAGCCACCAACAACUGCAAAUGGACGACUCUGGCCUCCAUCGGGAAAGACAUCAUCGAGGACGAGGACGGGGUCGCGAUGCCUCAUCAGUGGUUAGAAGGAAACCUGCCGGUCAGUGCCAAAUGUGCCGUCUGUGAUAAAACCUGCGGCAGCGUGUUGAGGCUGCAGGACUGGCGCUGCCUGUGGUGCAAAGCCAUGGUGCACACAGCCUGUAUGGAUCUUUAUCCUCGUAAGUGUCCUCUGGGUCAAUGCAAAGUCUCCAUCAUCCCCCCGACAGCACUGAACAGCAUCGACUCUGAUGGCUUCUGGAAGGCCACCUGUCCUCCGUCAUGUGCCAGCCCUCUCCUGGUCUUCGUCAACUCCAAAAGCGGCGACAACCAGGGCGUGAAGUUCCUGCGACGCUUCAAGCAGCUCCUGAACCCGGCGCAAGUCUUCGACCUGGUCAACGGCGGUCCACACCUCGGUCUGCGUCUGUUUCAGAAGUUCGAUAAUUUCCGGAUCCUGGUGUGUGGCGGCGACGGCAGCGUUGGAUGGGUUCUAUCAGAGAUCGACAAGCUCAAUCUACACAAACAGUGCCAGCUCGGCGUGCUACCGCUGGGCACCGGGAACGAUCUGGCCCGGGUCCUGGGUUGGGGUCCGUCCUGCGACGACGACACUCAGCUGCCUCAGAUCCUGGAGAAGCUGGAGCGAGCCAGCACCAAGAUGUUGGACCGCUGGAGCAUCAUGACCUACGAGAUCAAGAUCCCACCCAAACACAGCUGCCCGACCACACCCGAGGGAGCCGACGACUGCCAGUUUCACAUUUCAGCCUAUGAGGACUCGGUUGCUGCUCACCUCACAAAGAUCCUGAACUCGGAGCAGCACUCUGUGGUCAUCUCCUCCGCCAAGAUCCUGUGUGAAACGGUGAAGGAUUUUGUUGCCAAAGUGGGGAAAGCGUACGAAAAGAGCACCGAGAACGCCGAAGAGUGCGACACCAUGUCUCUCAAAUGUGCCAUCCUGAACGAGAAGCUGGACUCCCUCCUGCAGACCCUGAACAGCGAGUGCCAGACUCUGCCGCCGCUGCCUCACCCGACGCCUCCCAUCGUAGAGGAGGAGCAGGAGGAGGAGGAAGAGGAGGAGGAGGAGGCCAGCGAGGAGAGUCUGACGGAGCUGAAGGAGAAGCUGGAGGAGGAGGAGACGGAGAAGCGAGGAGGAGGAGGAGGAGGAGGAGGAGGAGGAGGUUCGCCUCAUCAGCUGUUCAAGAGCCGCGAGCAGCUGAUGCUGAGAGCCAACAGUCUGAAGAAAGCAGUCCGACAGAUCAUAGAGCAGGCGGUCAGAGUGGUGGACGAGCAGAAUGCCCACACUGAAGACACUGAACUUCCAUCGCCGCUGGAGUUCAGGAAGGACAGCGAGGAGGAGAACCGAGACAGCGAGAAGGAUGAAGACACCAAGGAGCUGGAGGCAGUUUCCUCUGCUAAGAGUCCAUGUUCUCCGACUGAGAGGAGGGUGAGUCGCAGCACUCAGUCCUACGGAUCUUUCACCAUCACUCCAUUCACAACAAGCAAGGAGAACCUGCCGGUGCUCAACACUCGCAUCAUCUGCCCUGGUUUGCGAGCAGGUUUGGCUGCUUCCAUCGCCGGCAGCUCCAUCAUUAGCAAGAUGCUGCUGGCUAACAUCGACCCGUUCGGCGCCACUCCCUUCAUCGACCCCGACCUCGACUCGCUAGAGGGCUACAUGGAGAAGUGUGUCAUGAACAACUACUUUGGCAUCGGCCUGGAUGCAAAGAUCUCGCUGGAGUUCAACAACAAGCGAGAGGAGCAUCCAGAGAAAUGCAGGAGUCGCACCAAGAACAUGAUGUGGUACGGAGUUCUGGGCACGAAGGAGCUUCUGCAACGGACCUACAAGAACCUGGAGCAGAAAGUCCAGCUGGAGUGUGACGGUCAGUACAUCCCGCUGCCCAGCCUUCAGGGCAUCGCCGUGUUAAACAUUCCCAGCUAUGCAGGAGGAACCAACUUCUGGGGCGGCACAAAGGAAGAUGAUAUCUUCUGUGCGCCGUCGUUCGAUGAUAAGAUCCUGGAGGUGGUCGCUGUGUUCGGCAGCAUGCAGAUGGCUGUUUCCAGAGUCAUCAAGCUGCAGCACCAUCGCAUCGCACAGUGUCGGACGGUGAAGAUCACCAUCCUGGGGGACGAAGGCGUUCCCAUCCAGGUGGACGGAGAAGCCUGGAUCCAGCCGCCGGGAGUCAUCAAGAUCCAGCACAAGAACCGAGCGCAGAUGCUGACCAGAGACCGGGCGUUUGAGAACACGCUGAAGUCGUGGGAGGACAAGUUGAAAUAUGAUAAGCCUCCUCUGCGUCCUCAUCUUUACCCUCAGCAGUCUGUGGAUCUGGCCACAGAAGAGGAAGCGUCGCUGGUGCAGAUGUGCGCCAGAGCUGCUGAGGAGCUCAUCACCAGGAUAUGUGAGGCUGCGAAGACCAACGGGCUUCUGGAGCAGGAACUGGCUCACGCCGUCAAUGCUGCGUCUCACGCCAUCAACAAAACGCACCCCAAGUUCCCAGAGAGUCUGACCAGGAAUACAGCGAUCGAGGUGGCCAGUACUGUCAAGGCUCUGUACAACGAGACCGAGUCGCUGCUGCUGGGCCGAGUCUCUCUGCAACUGGACCCCCCAGAGGAGGAGCAGCUGUCCAACGCUCUGCAGAGUGUGGAGCUGGAACUGGGCAAACUGGGAGAAAUCCCGUGGUUGUACCACAUACUGCAGCCCAAUGAUGAGGAGGACCACACUCUGGGUUACGGCAAGAGAAACAGUCGCAGCAGCAUGUUUCGCAUAGUGCCCAAGUUCAAGAAGGAGAAGGCCGCCAAGAAGACAAGUCCUCAGUCAGUGGAGAGGUGGGGCACAGAGGAGGUGGGCGUCUGGCUGGAGCAGCUGAGUCUCGGGGAGUACAGGGACACCUUCAUCCGACACGACAUCCGAGGCUCGGAGCUGCUGCACCUGGAGAGGAGGGACCUGAAGGAUCUGGGGAUAUCGAAAGUGGGUCAUAUGAAGAGAAUUCUCCAGGGAACUAAGGACUUGGCAAAGGCCUCCAUGGUUGACCUCUAACCCGGGAGCAAAUAAAGCUUCCCCUUUCCAUAAAUAGAAGCGUUUGGGAGCACCGCAGGCAUUGAAGGAGGAAGAUAGGUAUUCGAGAAGAGUCGGAUUUUAUCAUCCCUCUGCUGAGAAAAGCCUCUGUGAUGUUGUGAACAAGAUGCAUUUGUGUGUUUGUUUGUGCUUUGGUGCCAAAAGGACGGUUGAGAAAGCUGACGGAAGUGGAUUUUAAAAAAGACGAAAAGAAAAGCCAUUUCUGAUUUAAUAACCAUACAUAGCACAUAAUCAGGUAUGCAAAUAACCACACUGUUGACAGCUGACUGAUAACAACAAACUAGUAGCAAAACUUUAAGACUUCCAUGAGUGUGAGGUAGAGACGGAAAAGAUCGCCACCGAGGCGAUGAUCCAGAAGCUGUGGAUACUGUCGCAUGCUGUGCUUGCUCAACUUUAGAUAUGUUUAAUUGCAUGAUUAGUGAUUUAUUUGUGUCCAGAAUAACACUUGAACAAGUUUUACAUGACUUAAGUAUUACGAUGCCAUUUGUUACUACUGAUCGCAUCCUUUUUUUUGGUCUAAAAGUUUUGUUUUUCUAGCUUUAAUUUAUUUCGUUUGCAUGAAAAUGACGUGUCAAAGAUUUCUGUCAAGUGCCAUAUUUUGGGUCAUUUAGUGUAAAACGUGCUUUAAUGGUAGAAAAAACAAAAGCCGUCGAUGAGGUAUGUGGAAUUAAUAUCCGUAAGUGGACGCGUUCUCUGUGGAUGUGAAAAUCAGUACCAAAGUGAAUGUCUAAGAAAGCAUCCGAUGAUUUUUAUUUAAGAGGCCAGCAGGUCUUAGGUCUUAAUUCCAUUUAAGGUGGAAAAAAGUUUAGUAUUAGUCAGGAAAAAAGACGCCAACCAUAUAUGCUAUAAGGUUGUUGAGUUCUUUUUUUAAGGAAUACUUAAAAGGCACUUUUUGCUUCUUGCUUUACGCAAGUGCAAAUCCUCAUAUCAUUACAUAGGAUUCACCUCAACUUUUUAACGUUUUGGCAACUUAACACAGUAUUUAACACUAAUGAGAAUAGUUUGGAAUAGAGCAGUUGAUCUGCAGCCUGCAUAGCAUCGCUCAAGUGCAGCUUUUUUUUCCUUCAAAUUGCGAGUGAGACGCUGAUAGGACACUACUUUUAGUUUCUUUUAAGACUGGUGGCAUUACAGGGUAUAUUUCUAUAUGUGAUGCUAAGUUUGUAUAUAUAUAAAUACAUAUGCACUGUAUAUACAGUAUACCGGUGUAUGCAAACAAUGUUUGUAAGUGUUGUAGUCUAACGCGUUUGUAGAUUGCUGACAUGGCAUGCUUUGUCAACAGCCCACAUGUUUGAUUGUGUAUAUUACACCAUAACAGUUGUGUAUUGUUGAUUUGGUUCUAAUCUCUUGUACAUGAUAAUGCUGUCGUAUUCUAAUGAUGGUGCAAUAUUUGAUCUCUUGUUUUGAUACUGUCUCCGAAGCUUUCUGACAUGAUGUUUCUCAGUGGUGGGGGUGGGGGGGGAGAAAGAGUGUUUUUUCUACGUUCUCCUCCUCGACGUUUGAGGAUUUUAAAAAGUUAGACCCAUAGACAGAUUUUUCUUACCGACUCCAAAUUUCUUCCAGCGGUUCACUAGUUUGUAGUUUUUGCUCCUCUGUGCUUCCAGGAUGAGACACUAAAGUAGGAUUGUGUCGGCGAGUGUGUGGAAUGGGCAGACAUGACUGUUGUGUUGAUUUGUAUUACGGUGUGUUUGUGUGCGUUUGAGUGUGUGUAGUACGACAGUGGCACAUUGUAACUGAUCAGCAAACUGUAUGCUUUUCAUUGCCAUCUAAUUUUCCUGUGUUUUUUCAGAGUUCUCCCUUUAAUUAUGUUAAAAGUGUUUUCUUUUAACGGAGUAUUUCGUGCUAUGGUGCAACGAGGCGCACAACUUUUCACCAGGAAUUAUUAAAGUCUCCCAAGUAGAAACAGAAUGUGAAUGAAUCAGGGCCUCGGCUGCAGCUGAAUAGUCUUUUAAAUUAGGAACCCAGCAAACCGUAACAUUCAGGGAACAUUCCUCAAAGGUUUGCUCAAAGUUUCCUGGUGGUUAGUGUUCAGGGAACCUUCAGGAGCUGUUUUCUGAACAGUCCAUGGAGAAUCCCUGAUGAUUAUCAUUCAUUGAACAUUCCCCCAACUUUCCAAGAAGGUUCCCUAAUGGUAACUGUUUAUUGAACCUUCAGAGAAUAUCCAGGGAAUAUUUCCAGAACGCUGGCUGAAGGGUGCCUGAAGAAUAAUGUUUGGGAACCUUCAGAGAACAUUUCCUUAACAUUUCAUGAGAGUUCUCUGAUGGUUGCUAUUUAUUGAGUUACAGAGAACGUCCACAGAAUGUUUCCUAACCUUCAGAGAACAUUCCCUUAAUAAUUUAAUGAGAGCUCCCUGAUGGUUAGUAUUCAUUGAAUUACAGAGAACAUACAGAGAAUGUUUCCUGAGCAUUCUAUGAAGGUUUCUUGAUUGGUAGUGUUCAUUUAACUUUCAGGGAACGUCCAGAAAAUGUUCCUUUAACAUUCUCUGAAGGGUCCCUCAUGGUUGCUCUUCAUUAAACUUUCAGAGAACAUCUACAGAACAUUCCUUGAACGUUGGGGUCUUUGGGAACCACCAGGAAUUGUUCCCUGAACAUUCCCUGAAGGUUACUGUUCUGGAACCUCCGGGAACCUUAAGGGAAGGUCGUGGGAAUGUUUCUCAAACAUCCCAUGAAGGUUCCCUGAUGGUUGCAGUUCACUGAUCCUUCACAGAACAUCCAGGAAACAAUUCCUAAGCAUUCAACUUUUUGGGAACCUUGAGGGAAUGUCAGUGGAUCAUUCAUUGAACUUUCCGUUCUGUUCACUGAACCCUAAGAGAAUGUCCAGGGAUUGUUACCCGAACGUCCCUUAAAGGAUCCCUGAGGGGUACUGUUUAAGAACCUUCAGGGAACCUUUAGGGAGCAUCCAUAAAAAGUUCCAUGAACAGUCCAUGAAAUUUUCCUGAUGAUUAUUGUUCGUUGAGCCUUCAGAGAUUGUCUUAGGCACAUUACUCAAACAUUCUACGAAGGUUCCCUGAUGGUUACUGUUCAUUGACUCUACAGAGAACAUCCAGGGAACAUUUUAUUAACAUUCUCUGAAGGUUACUGUUUGCUGUGAAGGUUCAUAGCUGAUUGAAAUGAUCUGGACGUAUCUGAGUGGCAGCUAGGGCUGAACAAUUCAUUCAUUUCCAAUUGAGCUACAACAAUUAAGUAUUAAAAUAACUGCCACUGCUUUGAGAAUUACUUUGAGAAUUACUUUGAGAAUUUUUGUAAAAUUCACAAAAAAUUGAGGAAAUUUUAAUUUUCUUAAAUUAAAAAAACAAACCAAAACAGUAAAUAAUGUCAACUUUAAAAAUUUGUAUUUUUACAAAUUAUAAUUUGCUCUUUUGCAACAUUUGACCAUAAAAUGACAAUAUUUUUACAGUAUUUAAUCAGAAAUAUUAUAAUAGAAGCAGAAAUGUUGAAAAAUUCUAUAAUUCUAUAAUUUAUAUGGAAUUUAUUAAAUGGUUGAAAAAUGGUACGUCAUUUUUUUAAGACUGUUAGUUUACAAAUUUUUCCUGUUUUGUUAAAUUAAGUACUAAAAUCACAGAAAAAAUAUGAAUUUAACAGAUUAUGGAAUUAAAACACCAAAAAAUGUGUAUAAUGUCCACAUGAAACGUCUGUAUUUUUACAAAUAGUAAUUUGUUCUUUCACAAUGUGUGACCAUGAAAUUACAGUCUUUCUGUAUUUAAAUCUGCUACAACAUAUGAUUUAUUUUCAUUGUUUUGUUUUGGUUUUUCCUUUUUAUUUUUUUGUGUACACAGAUAUCGCAAUUAAAUAUCCCCCCAAAACGUUCAGCCCUAACUGCAGGUUGAAUUCUCUAAAUGCUUAAAGAUAGAGGUGCUUCAGUGCCUUCUCUUCUCGUAGCACCUCAGCUGUCUCCUCCUUUGACCUUGUGAUGUUUUUCAUCGAGGAAAAGUGUUUCUGUAAACCCUGUUCAACUGCAGCCCAUAUAUAGUCCCGAAUGUCCCACCAGAGUCCAGUCGCAUCUUAAACGGCAUCAUCUUCCUCUGACAAUCAGUUCAGGACGCUGCAGAAACCCUUCAGAUUGAGCUACUCUCUCAUGUAGGUGCUGAUGUUCAUCCUGCAGCCAAAGACAGAUGCUAAAAUCUUUCUAAACAUCAGAGAUUCUGUCUUAUUUUAUCUCCCCUCCGCCUGACUGAAGAUCAUUUGCCUUUUUAUUGAUUUUGCGGCUCAGAUUUAACUGUUUGACAACAGUUGGCCUUAGGUUUAGUGGUUAAUUGAAGCCUUUCUGUGCUGCUCUCUGCUGCCUUGUUCCUGCAGAGCUCAUCAAGUUUCCAUCAAACCAAACCGAGUCCGUUAUCGUGUGUCUAAAGUGUCUGCCGGUUUCUGUAGAACUUCAGUGAUUUCUGUUUGAUUUUUUUGGCUCCAGACUCCAGGCAGGAGAGCGCUUAAUCUUUCAACACUGAGUGGAAGUUGCCACUUUAUUUAUGGUUUCUUUUAGGUCUGUAAAUAAUGCUGCAAACUGCCUGGUUUUCAGAAACCAACGAAACCCAUGCAAGGAUCUUUGAAAAGACAGAUUAAUUAUCGACAUGGUUUGUUAUAGCGAUUGGAGAAAUGUGAGUUUCAUUUGUUUACAUUAUGUUUACAAUGGCACAGUUUUAAUUUUUAAGAAUAUAUAUGUAGGUAUAGACAAUAUUUGCAUAUUUAUUGCCUAAGGUUAAAUGAUAUGAUGUGUAUUGUGUUUUCACAUUUGGAAUAUAAUGUUACAGUUGUCACCUGUAUUACUAUCUGGAUGAUUUUGGUAAAGUAGUUGAUCAUUUUUAUGACUACUAAGUGACUGUUUUCUGUGCCUUUUUAUGGUUAGAAUGCAUGGUUAAAUAUUUAUUACGAUUUGGGGUCACUGAGAUGUGUAUUUUUGUAUUCUGAAUAAAUAAAUGGUCCAGCUUUUGUUGUACAUUUUUAGGUGCCUUAAAACAGGCUACCUAUUCAUAUCUCUCUUCUUCAAUAAAACCAAAUACAUAUGCA